AUGAAAAGGUGGGAAAGGUGGAAAGGUGGAAAGGUGGGAAGAUUAGGCAGGCGGGAUGAAGGAGGCGACAAGAGUCAGAGGAAGAAGAGUGCCCGAGAGGGCGAGAGGUGCUGGGAAAAGCGGGAUUACGGGUGUGGUUCGGUAGGCGGUAAGGCCAGGUGGAGGAAGAUGGAGAACAGAGAUUGGAACGGGUGUCCAGGCAGUACCGAACCACGAGUUGAGCGGAGAGAGGAGAAGAGGAGAAAGGCGACAAAAACUGUAGAAUCUACAGUAUAG